AUGUUACGUGUAACACAAUUUAAAUUUCUGAUAAACUUCCAUAAAUUGUCUAGCAGUCACGUGAUUCUCCUACUCAGUUGUGCUGUUAUUAAGAGAAGAAACCAAGAUAAGGAUCAUUAACUAAAGGAAAAGGUGUUGUGAAUAGGUGCAUUUACAGUCUAUAAUGAAGUAUACAAUUUGAUUAUUGUGCUAUAAUGAUCUUCUGGUAAGAUAAAUCAGGAACAUUUAUGAAAGACAAUGUGUGCUAUUACAUGUACAAGAUCUUGACAUCAAGAGGAGUACAUUUUUUAGUAUAAAAAAAUGGCUUGUGAUUUUUUAAUUUGGGGGUUACUUAUGUUUGGAUGUUGCAUACAAGCAUUGCUAGUUGCAUCCGAAGAUGAUCCAUUGGAAUAUAUGAGCAAAGAAGAACGUGACACAUUAAAAGAAGAAUCCCGGGAUAUGUUUUAUCAUGCAUAUAAUGCUUACAUGGAUAAUGCAUAUCCUGCUGAUGAAUUAAUGCCAUUGAGUUGUAAAGGACGGUAUCGAGGAUCGGAACCAAACAGGGGUGAUAUAGAUUCCACGUUGGGAAAUUUUUCACUUACGUUGGUUGACACAUUGGAUACACUUGUGGUGUUGGGAGAUUUAGAAGAAUUUGAAAAUGCGGUUAAACUUGUUGCCAGAGAUGUUAGCUUCGAUACAGAUGUUAUUGUUUCUUUAUUUGAAACCAAUAUUAGAAUGCUUGGAGGUCUUCUAAGUGGUCAUAUACUGGCAGAGUAUUUGCAACAACGAGCUGAUAUAAUGCCAUGGUAUCGAGGUGAACUUCUAAAUUUAGCAAAAGAUUUAGGAUACAGAUUUCUACCAGCAUUUAACACAACAACAGGAAUACCAUAUGGCAGAAUAAAUUUAAAAUAUGGUAUGAAAGGGGUACCCUUGGAAAUGUCAAGAGAAACAUGUACAGCCUGUGCAGGUAGUAUGAUUUUAGAAAUGGCAGCAUUGUCGAGAUUAACAGGAGAAUCGAUUUUUGAGGAGAAAGCACAAAAAGCGAUGGAUGUUUUAUGGAGAAUGCGUCAUCGAGGCACCGAUUUAAUGGGUAGUGUAUUAAAUGUACAUUCUGGUGACUGGGUACGAAGAGAUUCUGGUGUGGGAGCAGGUAUAGACUCCUACUAUGAAUAUUGUCUUAAAGCGUACAUUUUAUUAGGAGAUGAAAAAUAUUUAGGAAGGUUUAAUAAGCAUUAUCAAGCUGUAAUGAAGUAUGUAAGUCAAGGACCGAUGUUGUUAGAUGUACAUAUGCAUAGACCAAAUACAAAUUCCAAAAAUUUCAUGGAUGCGUUAUUAGCUUUUUGGCCUGGGUUGCAGGUAUUAAAAGGUGAUAUUAAACCUGCUGUCGAAACUCAUGAAAUGCUGUAUCAAGUGAUGCAAAGACAUAAUUUUAUACCAGAAGCAUUUACUACUGAUUUUCAGAUACAUUGGGGGCACCAUCCUUUAAGACCAGAGUUUCUAGAAUCAACUUACUUCCUUUAUCGUGCUACGGGUGAUCAUUAUUAUUUAGGUGUUGGACGUAAGGUACUAAGAAGUCUACAAACUUAUGCUAGAGUACCAUGCGGUUAUGCAGCCGUCUCAGACGUUAGAACAAAUAAACAUGAUGAUACAAUGGAUAGCUUUGUACUGUCAGAAACAUUCAAAUACUUGUUUUUAUUAUUCGCGGAACCAAGCGAAUUGAUUUUAGAUCUAGAUGAAUUCAUUUUUACAACUGAAGGACAUUUGUUACCAUUAACACUUGCUUCCAAAAGGACUAAUGUUUCUUCGCAAGAUUUUGAACGUGAUAUGGUGCAUGUGGAUGAAAUGGAUCGCACUUGCCCUAACAGUCUACAUUUAUUUCCUGCUUCAGUACGUUUGCCUUUGAGAAAUAUGGUUGAAGAUGUAUGCCCAAGGCGGACAAUAAAGAGGAGAUUGAGUGCUGCCCAAUUUCAGGCUAACAAUUUGGAACAUAUGAAAUUGUUAAGCGAUAUGGGAAUAACAACUUUAACCUUAGCAGAUGGACGAGUUCAACUUUUACACACCUUUUCUAAUGCAAAAACACCACAAGAUUCUGAGGAAGGUUUGUUAUUCAUGCAAGAAAUGGUAGAAAUAAGUAAAAUGCAGUCUCAGCAAGCCGAAACUAAACCACAGGUAGUUACAUUUGUGAAACCAAAUACAAAUCCACCGCAGAAAGUGACAUUGUUUGCUGGUCCAGCACAUUUUGGAUUAGAGUUACAAGGAUUAAAUAAAAUCACUGGAAAAGUUACUUUUACAUAUCCAAUUUCUGCCUGCACUGAUCUUCUUAAUGCAGAUAAUCUCGCAGGCAAAAUAGCAAUGAUGCAUCGUGGAAAUUGUAUGUUUAUAGAGAAGGCAAGGAGAAUACAACAAGCUGGUGCUAUUGCUGGAAUAGUAUUAGAUAAUGUUGUAGGUUCUAGUGCUGCAACUUCACCUAUGUUUGCAAUGUCAGGAGAUGGAAAAGAAGUUGAUGAUGUAACUAUUCCAGUCGUAUUUUUAUUCAGUGUUGAAAGUUCGGAAUUAUUAAAAGCUUUUUCAGCCGCUAACAGUGAUCUCACAGUUACUCUUGGAAAUUUCUUCUCUAAUGAAGAUGUUCAAUUAAAAGCACCUACCGAUUUGUCAAUGUUCGAACGUUUGAAAGGGUCAUUAAAAUCCUUCCUUACACGGCAAAUGACACCACAGACAUCUGGAAGCAGUGAGGCAAGCGAAGAAAUGGCCACCGAGAUGAAACAUGAAGAAGAUGAAAAGGACAUAGUUGUUUUUUCUAAUUUGCAUGCAGAAAUUGUCAAAGAUCUGCUUGGUGGAGAAGUAAGAAUCGCGUCGACAAAUAAAUGUACUCAUGUCACGAAGAAUUCGGAAGAUAGCACUUUAAUAGAACAACAAUGGCGUCAAUUGAAAGAAGUCUUUGUUAACCGGAUAUACGCGGAUACGAAGCAAAAUGAAGGCCUACAAAUUAGAAGUUUCAUAUUAGAAGGCUACUGUAAUUGGAUAUUGAAGUCACGAGGUGAAGUAGAUAAUUCAUUAAAUAUGUCUCUAAAAAGUAAAGUUUUAUGGUUUCUAAAAGAAUUAACUGAAGUCUCUCCAAAUCCGUCCAUUACAACAAUGGGCCAGUUAAUGGAUUCCAAUAAUCAAAAGUUAUUAAAACAAUAUUUAUUGACGAAGAUGGAUCUUAUGGUGUUAAAUAUGAACACUAUAACAACAAUGCUAAAGACUAUGAAGUUCGAGGGUCCGAAUCGUGAACAACUAAUUAGGUUGAUACAGCUCGGCAUUACAGAAGAUAGUAACUAUGAAUAUUUGAGAAUAUUGGUACUGGGUCUUUUUGAUAUCGAAGAUGAAAGUAUUAAACAUCUAACCCUAUUAGAUCAAUUUAGUAAAGCUGUGCACAAAGAAUACCAAGAAAUAUUAUCUAACAGAGCACAAAAAUAUGUGGAAAAGACGAUUGUAAAAUUCAAUGAAAAUUCUUACUACGAUGUAGUAAUUAAUAAUUGGAAAAGAGAUUUGAAAAGUUUCGAAAAACUGGAUAUUGCAGAAUUUAUAAAAGAUAGCAUUGAAAGUAGGAAACCAGAAAUGAAAUCUAAAGAAGUUGUUAAAAUGCCUCAGAAAAAUGAAGAUAUUAAGGUUGGAAAAUUUGAAGAUUUUCGAUAUUUUAUAUUAACAAAAUUAGAAGAAGUAGANAAAUCUGACCACAUUAAAAAUUAUAAGGAAUACAUGAAGAAAAUUGAAGAUCAUGUGAAAAAGUAUAAAGGACAUAUUGAUAUUGCAAAGGAUAUUGCAGAUAAUACAAGCACAGAAACUAUUAAUAAUGUUAUCUCAAACGUAUCUUCUCAAAGUCAAAAUGAGGUUGACGAGGUAGAAGAGCUUGUUAACUCUCUUCUAAAAUCUUUGAAGAAUAUACAAUCAAAUAACGUAGACUUUUCAGAGACUGUUACUAAUAACAAUAGUGUUGAGAAACAAACGUAUGAAGAAUCUUCACUAAACACCAAUGAUUUCCAAUUAAUAGGUUCACAAAUAAGUUCAACGAACGUAGAAACGAUAAUGAAAGAUGGAGGAGAAGCAGUGUUACAAAAAGUAGAAGAUGAAACCAUUUGUAUUCAAGAUAAUCAGAAAAGUAUACCAAAUACUGAGCAUUCCGUUAAUCUUAACAUGAAUAAUAAUAAAAUUAUGUCUUCUCAUCCACUUAAGGAUUUUAAAGAUAAACUACGAACAUCUGAAGAAGAAAAUAGUGAAUCCUCUAUUCACAUUGAGCAAGAAACGCAAACUCCUUCUUAUGUACAUGGAAGUAAACAUAUCGACGAUGAACUAUAAUGAAAGCUUCAAAUUU